AUGCGGUUACUAGGGGCAGCAAGGUCGAGGAAAAAGGCACUGGACGAGGUCUUGGAUAGCACUGGCUAUUCCUUCCGUCUUGCCACCCUUCUUUUAAGUGGUCAAGGUGGCCCCAAUUCAGCUUACAGCAUCAGAGCUACUAAUGGGCCAAGUACAGACAUCAUUAAAGCAGCACUACAGGAGCGCAAUGUUGACAUCCUCUGGGUGAACGAAGAUACCAAGCGGCUGCUGGAGCGUAUUCUGCCUCUCAACAAUCCUUCCAAGACUGCAAUGCUUGAGUGUAUACAGGGAACAAAAGGGGUUUUGAUACAGGCUCUCUUUUGUGACAUUGGAGGUGAUCGCAUGGUUCAUGGAUAUCGAGACAAAGUAUCCCUACAGUCACAGGACAAAGAUAUAACUCGGUUCAAACUCAAAGGAACGAUUCCUACCAACAGUCUUGUUCUGAAUCUACAGCUUUCUCAAGGAUUCCUCAACACGACGUGUUCAAAGGCAGCCGAUGAAGACCUGACAGAUGAAGACUACGCAAACAUAAACUGGAAGAGGAGCUCCAAACUGCUUGAAAAUGUUGAGCUCACAUUCAACGAGCCAGAGCGAUGCCCAUCCGCAAACACCACAACUAUCGUCGGAUGCGAUCCUGGUAUUGUUAACGUCCUUACGUUUUCCUCCCUGGAUCCUCACAACCCUAACUUGCGGCAAACGGUAAAGGUGAGAAGCAGGUUCUUGUACCUCCCCGUCCUCCGUUUCAAUCACCUGUUGAACAAAAGGAAGCGUGAAAAAGGAAUGAUUGAGGUUGAGAGCGCCAUCCCUGUGUUUGGAAGGGAUACGUACAAUGAGUACUUUUAA